CCGCCCCUCGGCCGCCGUCUUGAGUGAGGGAGCCGUCUCCACUGGUGGUCGCUGUUGUGCGGGCGGCUCGGUGUUUCAUGCUCACCGCCUUCCCCCAGAACGGUGCUUGUUGUCCCUUUUCGUGCGAGUGGUGGUGGCGGCGGCGGCGGAGUGACCGAGUGUGGGAAGGAGGAGGAGGAGGAGGAGCGGGGGUGAAGAAUCAUGGCGGUGCUGGAGUGACGCCCCGCCAGCGCGGAGCCAGGGCGCGCUUACUCGCCUCUCUUCUCUCUCUCUUCCACUACCGCAGUUUCCUUCCUUCCUUCCUUCCUCCGCUCGCAUCCCUCCACCGCUUCUCGUCCACACUCUCAGCCCUGCUCCCUUCAGCGGCAGCGGCAGCGGCAGCGGCGGCGGCGGCGGCUUUCCCCAUCCCUUCUCCUCGGCUUUUCUCCUCAGCCGCCGACGUCGGGAUUUAUGCUGCCCACCAGUUCUUCGACAUGCAGCCUCCUCCGAGAAAGGUAAAAGUCACUCAAGAACUGAAAAACAUCCAUGCUGAGCAAAUGAUUAAACUUCAGGCAAAGCAUCAAGGAGAAUGCGAUUUAUUGGAAGAUUUGAGGUCUUUCAGUCAGAAAAGAAUCGCAAUUGAGAAGGAUUAUGCUCAGGCUCUCCAGAAGCUGACCACCCAAUACCUCAAGAGGGAUUUGAUUGGAAUAAAGAUUGACGAAAGAAGUGAGCAAAACAGUAGCAUUCUUGCCGUAUGGAAGUCGUAUCUAGAAGGAACCUUACAUUUGGCCCAGUCUCGAAUCAUAGCAUCUGAAAACUAUAGGAAUCAUAUCUUGGAACCUGCUAAAAUUGUAAAAAGUAUUAAAGAACAGCAGCUGAAAAAGUGCAUUGAUCAGCUGACAAAAAUUCAGGCUGAAUUCCAGGAGACUGUGAAGGAUCUGGCGAAGUCUAAAAAGAAGUAUUUUGAGUUGGAACAGAUGGCUCACGCAGCACGGGAGAAAGCAGAUUUAGAGGCCAAGUCCAAACUUAGUCUAUUUCAGUCAAGAAUAAGUUUACAGAAAGCAAGUGUAAAGUUGAAAGCACGGCGCAGUGAAUGCAACACAAAAGCUAACCAUGCUAGAAAUGAUUACCUUCUUACACUGGCAGCUGCAAAUGCACAUCAAGAUCGCUAUUAUCAAAUCGAUCUGAUAAACAUGAUGACUGCUCUGGAUGGGAAUUUCUAUGACCAUCUUAAAGAAUACCUGAUGGUAUUUAACAGAACAGAACUCGAGGCCUGCCAGUCUGUACAGAAUGCAUUCCAGUUAUUAGUAGAAGCAUCCAGUAAGGGAUUGCAAGAUUACAACCUGCAGCUUUUUCUUCAAGAAAACCCAAUUUUCCAAAAACCACAGUCAUUCCAGUUCCAGCCUAGUGAUAAUGAUACGAGUUUUAACGCAGUACCGCUUGUGGAUAUUGACCUCUCACCCAUCAGCACUUUGAGAAUGACUUUAACAGAGAGCCGACAGUUGGAGAAUGAAUCUGGAACCACUGAGGAGCACAGUCUAAACAAGGAGGCUCGUAAAUGGGCAACACGUGUUGCACGAGAACAUAAAACAAUAAUCCACGGUCAGAGGACUCUGGAAGAUCUAAAAGUUCAAGGAACUGUGCUCUCAGAACAAGGGCGAAUGGAAUUUGAACAAAAAGUAGAUGAGGCCAGAGAAACGAUACGAAAGGCUGAGACAGUUAAGCUAAAGGCAGAAGCAAGACUGGAAUUACUGAGACAGAUUGGGGUUGCUGUGGACACAUGGUUGAAAAGUGCCAUGAAUCAAGUAAUGGAGGAAUUAGAAAAUGAGCGUUGGGCAAGUCUCCCUGCACUCCCCAACAGUGAUACUGUGCAUUUGGGAAGUCUGGAUCUUGAAAAGGAUGAUGGUGAGGAACUUGAGGACAAUAUGGAUGUAUUUGACGACAGCGGUUCAAGUCCAUCUGGGACAUUGCGAAUGUAUCCUCUUACUUGCACAGUGCUCUAUUCAUACAAGGCUAACCAGCCUGAUGAGCUUACCAUUGAAGAACAUGAACUCUUGGAAGUAAUUGAAGAUGGAGACAUGGAAGACUGGGUGAAGGCAAGGAAUAAGGCCGCACAAGUAGGAUAUGUACCGGAGAAGUACCUACGGUUUCCAACCUCCAAUAGUUUAAUCGGUAUGCUCCAAACACUGGGUUCCUUGGAUGCACGAUCUCAUUCGUCCAGCAAUUCUACAGAGCCUGAGUUGGUUACUGGUGGCAUUAAUGGAGAUUCCAGCGUUUGUUUUGUGAAGGCACUUUACGAUUAUGAAGGGCAGACAGCAGACGAACUUUCGUUUCCUGAAGGAGCUAUCAUUAGAAUACUAAACAAAGAAAAUCAAGAGGAUGAUGGCUUCUGGGAAGGUGAAUUUAAUAGCCGCAUUGGUGUCUUUCCUUCCGUACUAGUAGAAGAACUGGCAGGAUCUGAGAAUGGUGACGCUCAAUGGGUUGGAGAUGCACAGGUAUCGCCAUCGUCAAGACCACAGCCCAGUCUUUCAUUACCACUGUAUGACCAGCCCCCUUCCAGCCCUUACAGCAGCCCAGACAAGGCAGGGUCACAGUGUUUCCCUCGAUCACCAUCAGCACCAGAUCAUGAAAGCCUAACAUCAGAUGCAUCCACUAAUCCACAACAGAGAAGCACCCCAGAAACUUCAGUUGGAAAAAUCCGACCGGUACGGGCUGCUCCACCUCCACCUACUCAACACCAUCGUCGAAAAACAGAAAAGACAGAGGAAGUAGAGAUAACUCUAGUGUAACCAAUAGAUGACUUUUGUGUGUUCUGAUUUGAGACUGAAUUAUUCAGAAUAUUUUGGUUUCAGAUUCCUUGCAUUCUCUGCCGUACUUAUACUAUGAAAUCCGAGGAGCAGCAGAAGACAAAAACUAAAAGGAAUUUAUGAAGUGUGGAUCUUGAGGAAAGUCGAUGUUAAUUCUUUAAUUUACAGAUAUCUUGUGCCUUUAUAGCCACUGCUUUGUUUGUUUAAAUUGGGCCAUGAGUAUUUUUGUCCCUUUUUUUCUAGUACAAUUGAGGAAUAUUGGUUGGCCAAUCCAACAUUCAAUGGUCCAGCCUUAUUUCGAUCUACUAUGUAAAAUAUACAAAGCACACUGCUUCAUCUGAAUCCAAUGCAGCAGAGUCUGGUACUUCUGUAAUUAUAUGCCUAUGGUGCUGUGCAGGGCACAGUUUUGUAUCAGAAAGGCGUGUUUUUUCUGGUACUGUUCAAGUGCAAAUCUGUUGAUUUCUUUACCAUUGCCAGAUAUAGGAAUGGUUAAACUUGCAGUCGAUUGCUUGUCAUUAUUUUGUAGCUGAAUAAUGGAGAUAGAAGUGAUUUUUUUUUCCUUUUAAAAAGGCACAGGAAAUGUUCAGACCAUUUAUUGUGCACAUUCAUUAACACGUUGAUUUAGUCACACAGAUGAUCUAUUUGUAAAACAAAUCUCCCUUUAGUAUUAAUCCAGUCUGUAUACAUGUAUUCCGCUGUCAUGUGCAGUAGCAUGAUUGGACUAGAAUUGAGGGAAUAGACUUGAGUAAGGACUGAUGUUCUUUUAAGAGGGGGCUGGUUCCUCUCAGUAGUUCUAGUGCAAAGAAAGAUAAUCAGACAAAUAAGGGAAUGAAUACAAAGAAAUGCUCUAUGUUAACGCGAGUCUUAGUUUUCCAUAAUUGUUUGACUAAUAUUUAUGCCACAAUUCUAGACAAGAAAGGAAGUUCAUUAUGGACAUGUUGAAAUAGGAUACUUUAUAAAAUGUUGCCAGUGACAUUGAAUCUGAAUUUCCUUCCAGCAGAAGGAUUUAUUUUCUGGAGGUUACAUUUUCUUUCCUCUUAGUUUUUUUUUUUUUUAAAAGCUUUUUAAAAUCAUCUUUUAUAGUCCACAUAUUGCAUAAAUCAUGACAUGCUUGCAUUAAAAAAAAGUGACAUUGUACUCCGCAAACUAUUUAUUUCCAGCAUCAGUCUGGAAGGGAGGCAAUAUUGUGGUGUUAUCCAGCUUCAAUAUUGCAAUUAAGAUUUUGACGGUUGCUGUAUUCAUUAAAUAUAUAACUUGAAAAUUGUAGCAUUUUAAUGAGGUUGACAGGUUUAAAGUUUAUCGGUAAUAACAUAGGAAGCAUUAUCUCUGCUGUUAAAAUAAUAACGUCUAUUUAAAUUCUUCUGUCAGAACAUUCUUCGGGUUUCUGAAUUACAUGCACAGUGCUAUUAUUCCAAACCCAGGGCUUUCAGAUUUACUAUAUUGAAUGUACUAAAAGCUAAAAAAACUGGAAAAACAGGACUGGAAGCUAAAGGUUUUAUUUGCUGUCUACUUGAAAUAUUAAAGAAACAACUACCAAACGUUUUCACGAAGAUUGCUAAUUUUGAAUGAUAUGGCAGAGAUAUUGUAGCUCAAAAAUUAAUUUUUUGCAGGGUAGAUUCGUGUAUGAUCUAGUUUAUUAGAUGUUUUCAAAGCUGAUGGCUGCCAAUUGUUCAAAUUCUCUUAUCUUCCCCCAACGUGCUCAUGUCAAUCUUGUAUACCAACAUUGCUGGAAGAGAAACUGAGGUUAGCAAUUGUUUUUUUUAAUUUAGUUGCACUAUUUGGUUCCAGUAUUUGGUUUUGGACCACUUUCAUUUCCAAAAUGGAAUUGGAUUUAUGUCUUUCAUCUUUAUCCAGUGGUUUUAUGCCUUGAUUUGCAACAAAAGGCAAAACUGUAGUGUUCAGAAGAUGCUACAGUAUUAGUUAAUGCUACUUUAAACUUCCCAUAAUAAACAUUUCAGCAAAGGAUUUUAAUUUACGGCCCAUCAUGAAUUGCUCUGCAGUUCUCAGAUUUUUUUCAACCCAAUAACUCCAUUAUUUCUCCUUAUCAAGCUGUUGGUCAGCAAGAUUCAAACAUUUUGCUUUGUUUAAACCAAUAAAUGUACUUGACAGCGUGUUACUGCAGAAUCUCCUGGAUAGCUGCUAGUUCUUGUUUCUUUUUCUUUCAGUUGGAUCAAAUUCUAAGGGACAUGUGUAUAUGUAGAAGUAAGCAUCCAAAUAAGUAUCAUAAGGUAUAUUAUACUGAACUGAAAUCCACCAUAUCUCUAACUCUAUCAUGUCUUGAUUAUCGUAUGAAAGACAAAACUUCAGAAAAAUAUAAUUAAUGGGAUCGGCUCAUAGCUGCCAUUGUAAGUAGAGUUUAAAUGUGUGAUGUCCCCUCAUCCCUUACAUUUUGCCCAAUCCCAAACAAAUCCAGGGCCCCGUUUUUGAGUUCAGUGUUGAAUACACUGGGGAAGUUGAGAGAAGACGGGGAAUGGAAAUGGCAUGCUUCUAUCUAUCUGCUUGAUGCAAAGUGCGAUGAUGGGCUUGAAGAAGUCAAUGGUUCAUGCCGUUUCCCUUUCCAGCUCAAACGUGGUGCCAUACCAGUUAAAAUAAGACAUUUCAGAAAGAUAGGUGUAACUCCAGUGUAGAACAUUUGAACCUUAAUGACUCUCACAGAUUGUUUGCUAACUAAGAUCAGGAUGUCUGCUACAAGACGGUAAGUAGAAAUAAUGUUUAUGUUGUAUAUUAGCAUCUCCAAAGGAUUGGCUUGACUAAGUCAACUAAACUGAGCAUUGAUUUUAUAUGCAUCAAUUUGAGGGCUAAAAGUCAUUUGUGAAUGCAAUCAAAAAAGCAGUUCAUCAUGAAACAAUUCUCAAUCUGGAAAAUGUGUAUUGAACAAGUUACUCUUUCAUCGGAGACAAUAUUUACAUCCACCAAUACUACUGUGUACUGCAUCUUGUCAGCAAUGUAAUCCACCAGGUGAAGCUUGUGCUUUUGUGUGAUUCUGCCACGGAUAGAUAUCCCCUGUGGGCCAAGAAAGAAAGCACUGCUGGAAACUUGUGGAGAGAAUCUCAUCUCUCUCAAUCUGCCUUACCAGAAAGAUUUUUGAAAGAAUUGCAAAAUAUGAAUUGAUUUUUUUUCCUUCUAUGUACUUUUGAAACAUCAUAUAUUUAAAGCUCCAAAUGGGAAAUACUUACCUUUAUGAUCACUUCAUUAUCCAGUAAAUUUUGCGAGGAAGACUGAUGCAGUUUAUUAAACUACAUUUUCCAACUAAUCUUUGUCCCUGUCUGAUUUGACGCUCCUUUGGUCUUUGAUUAAAUAUCAUCUGGUUAUUUUAAAACGUCUGUCACACAACGCCCCAAAGAGUACAAUUGUCUAGAAAAUACCAAUUUAAGACAUUCCUCUGUUCUUAAAUCUAAUUGGUAUGGAUUGAGCAAAGUAAUAGCAUGUCAUUACUGAAAUCAUUAUUAUUAUUGGUAAUCAUGUACAUUGUUAAUUCUGUAAACCCCCACUUAAUGAAAAUUUGAAAGGAUCACACAAAAUCUUCCGCUUUGCCAUUUAAAAUUAAUGAAGGCUGUGUCUGCCCGUGCAUCAACUACUUGCAGUUGAAAUUAAAUCUAGAAAGGUGGCAAAAUAUGUGCCGCUGUAUCCAUUUGGCUUAUUAGGAGUAUCCCGAGUUGUGCUGACAGCUUUUCAACAUUAUUCCAGAGUGCAGAGCACAUGCAUUUUCCUGCCAGUAGUUGAUCCUGACAUCUCAGUAACAUGAUGGAGAAACCACUUGUUACAUACAACUUGACUGAUGAAUUCAAAGCCUGGUGAAGACCUACAUUUAAGCUCAUUUGGUAAUAUAUAACAUUUGUGUUUCAUCGCCAGGCUGAGGAAAAACAAAUGACAAUUUUAGAGAAAUUUACAAGGAAAGCACAAAAUUGUUGAAAUGGUAAAGGAAUAUAACAGGAAUGUAACUGAAAUAAACAAUUGUACAACAAUAAAAUAUUUUCUUAAACCUGCACUUAGAUAUUGUUAGCACCCAGCAUUAAAUUCUUUUGUUGACAUAUUCUGCAGUUAUUUUUUACUUUAAUGUUUACAGACCAUAUUUUUAUAAUCUGACUAUUGCUGAUGCCAAUUCAUCCAUACUUCAUUAUUUUCCCUCUUGUUUCAUUUGCCUAUUGAUUAUUUGCCAGUUUGCCCAUAUUUUAUAUUUUUUCAAGUAUUAUUUUAAAAUUGCAUAUUUGCUCUAAAUUAAGAAGUGCUAAAAUUGUCAAACUAUAUGUUCAUUUUAGUUGUCUAUACAUGGGCCGACUAUCCACAUUAUACAUUGUAUAGUGUCAGUACUUCAAGCAGAGAAAGCAGAUGUGCAAUGUUUCCUGCAGUGUAUUGGCUGUUAAAACUUGUAUUUAUUAUGUACAAAUGUUAAAUAAAAAAAUGAAACUUUAUUUGAGCU